AUGGCUGCCCAGAUGAUUUAUUUGACAGGUGUUCGAGAAGUUCAAGUAGAUACAACAUGGGAAGAUGAUUUCUACACUGACUUUUGUAUUGCAGUUCGAUACUUGAAUCUCAGAACAGGUCACUGCCCACAUCUCAUAACUUAUUCCGUCGAGCGAGAUAUCGAGAAUUUCUUCGAGAAGACAUCGGCAACUCGCACAGCCUGCGAUGACUAUGCGAGGCAGCAUGUGGAAACGAUGUCUUAUGAGGCCAGGUUAUUCUUAGCAAUACAGUUGUCCUGGAUUAUACUCAGGCAAGAGAGCAGAGCGAAACUUCAACUUCAAAUUGAUGCAUCAAGCUUGCUUGUUGCUACCCAUUUGCCGUUUAGCUGCACCAUUGUUACUAUCUUAGGGUUUCAGAUAACUAGUCAAAAACAGAAAACAGGGGCCUACUUCAAAAACCUCAUUGAGCCGGGCUUUGGGAAAAUCACCCUGGCAUCAGACCCGGUUUCAUCACCGGAUGGGAAACUGGUCGCCUUUGUCGGCAAAACAUGGCGCAAACUGGAAGGUCAGCCCGAGUCCCGCAUCUGCUUGAUAGAGGCGACUGCCGGGGCUGUGUUGCGCAUAGUCGGCGAGGACUCACAGCCCGCGCCUUACCAAAAUAUACAACCCCAAUUCUCCCCCGAUGGGACACAAAUUUCGUUCCUGUCUAACCGGGGGGGAAAGGGUGGAUAUCGAUGUUAUUUGCUUCGCGGACAAAAUUUUGGAGAACUGGCUGAGGUAUCUGAUAUCGAAACCGUCUCUGUCGAGUAUGCAAGAUGGCAUUCAGACAGUGCAAAGUUGCUCCUUGGGAUCGCUGGUCCCAGAGGGAGUGACGAAGAUAUCCCUUCCUGGACACCAGAGAUUCAGGCAGACAGCUGUGAUGGAACUUUGCGUUCGCUGGUGGUGUAUGACAGUGUGAAAGAACAGAACCUUCAUGCUAUCCGGUUUCCCCAAGCUAGCGUGUGGGAAGCUGGAUGGUGCGGACCGAGCCAUGUUGUUGCUGUUGUGUCAGAUGGCUUUAGUGAAUCAGCGUGGUAUUCCUGCCGUGUCUCUGUGCUCGACUUGUUUCGAGGGACUGAACGUAUUAUAUAUAUUCCGCCGUCACCAUGCCAAGCGGGAGGCGUCGUUUCGUCAAAGUCUGGAAAAUACGCUGCUUUUACCCAGGCUUUAAGCAAUACCCGAGGAAAGGUUGUAGGAAUUGUGAUGAUCGUGGAUGUUGACAGUUCCGAAGCAUGGCAAUUGGACGUGGAGGGCGUGGAUGUCACCAAUAUAUCUUGGCUGGACGAAUCUAGACUUUUCUACACCGGAUUGAAAGGUUAA